AUGACUGCUAUGACCUACACCGAAAUGUACCUUAACUGUUACUGUGCGAUCGAAGACUUCCUGGUGCUGCGACACUUCAAAUAUACGCUGGCGGCGAUCGGCUGCAUAGUCAUCCAUAACUUUAACUACGUUUCACGUCUGAACUCUAUCUGUAAGUUGGUAGCGGUUACGUGCUGCUUUUGGUACCUGACAACACGGAAAGAACGAGACUGUCAUAAUAGCGAAGAAGUGAAGACCACUAGCACCACCUUCUCGGUUUGA